GUUCGUGAUCAGCUGCUCUCGCACAUGCACAUGCCAAGCCCACGGCAGAGUACAUAUGUCUACCCGGCCGUGCGUUCCUCGCCACUUUCCCAAGCACGAUGCCCUCCGUCUCCACCCCUGCCCAAGUCUCCGUCCCACCGCCCAACACCGGUGCGACGCACACUCCCGCACCUGUGUCGCCAACCACCACCACCGCCGCCCACCCCGCCACACCAUCUCUCCACGACCGCGUCAUGGCGGACGCCCACGCCCAGGCUGCACAGGGUGCGUUCUCGUCCACGCCGUACUUGACGGCAGAGCGCUACCGCCGCCUCUCGUGGGACUUUGAGCAGCGCCGCGGCUCCAACCCCCUCUCGCGGGGGAUCAACCCGUGAUGGCGCGACGAGACGCCCCAAGUCGACGAACUGCACGAUGGGCUCCACAGCGAACCGGAUGUCGUCCUUAGUCACGAUGCGAAUGCGAAUGCGAUGCGAAUGUUUACAUGCACAUGAUACACUACUAUAUACAA